GGGUCUGCACACUGGAGCCACCCACUUUGCGUCCAGGUCUUGUCCUCAUCAUGGACACAGACGACCUGUGAUUUUCAAUGCGCUUCAAACCCCCUUUCUGUCUCAACAGGAAGAAGUGGACUCUUCCUUUCUCAACAGCUUCUCUGGUGUUGUCCUGAGAGGUUGUGAUCGUUAAGUAUGGACUCCUUUCCAGUGCCGUGGGGCAUUUUAUAACCUGCAGUUUACAGCAGCAGAACGUGGAGAGGCAGUAACAUGGCUCUGGGCGGACUUCACUCUGGGAAGGGCCCUCACAGGCCGCUUGGUCCCACCCACCUCUGCUCGGCCCCGAGAGCGGGCAGGCCCCGGAGAGGGCAAGGCCGGAGCAGCACGUGCCCACCCAUGAGGGGCCUGCAUCCCUGGAGGCCCCCCACAGCUUGCAGGGCCCACGUGGGUGGGCGGAGGGGGUCCCCAGAGCCCAGCCUGCCUUCCCUGUCACCUCACUCUGCACAGACGCGACACACAGAAUUUUAAUGGGCUGCUUGAGUGACACCCAUCAAAGCGACGCGCGAAUGGUGGCGCCCAGAGAGCUGCUAAGUGCCGGGAAGCAGGUGACGGGCCUGCUGCCCCGGGGACACACGUGUCACCUGCCCUCCCGCCUGCUCCCCGCUCCCGGAACCUGCCUCGCCCUGCGGGGCGUGGGCACUCCGUCUUGCCCUCCAGGCCGAGGCCUGCUGCAGUCAGUGCUCGCCAGCACCCACCUGCUCUGCUUCUUCCGCCGGGUCAGCAGCUGCGGCGCGCACAAGGAGCCCCAUUGUUCUCCAGGGCCCGGGGACAGCCCUUCUCCAGACGCGCACCCUCGCCCCUCGCCCCUCGCCGAGCGCAGGCCCGUCACGGGGCCGGAAGGUUCCGCCUGCAGCAGGGGACCUCCCGCCAGGGGCUCUGGGGUGGCGGUGAGCAAACGGCAGGGAACCUGCCUGACCACCCCGCCUGCCGCUCACGCUCCCACUGCUGCGGCUCUAGGCUGGCCCAGCAUGUGUGGGAGGUGUCCUUGCGAGCCUGAGGGUCGGCACCCCACCCCGCACGUGGGAGAGGAGCGUGGCGGCCCCGUGGCCCCCCUUUCCCGAGGAGCCGCUUACCCACGGUCUCGGGACGGCCCGACAGGGACAUGCGGUGUCGUCCCAGCCUGUCCUGACUGGGGCUCAGGCCGGCUGCCGACAGUGGUCUCCAGCUCUGAGUGCAGACAGGCUGCGGGCACCUGUGGGCCAGAGUGGCUGCGGGUGGGCAGACCGUAGCUCCGAGUGCCCCUCUUCUGGCCCAUGUCUGCCAGGGCCACCUGCAGCCAAGGGAGGCCCAUGGUGUGCUGAACAUGGCCCUCAGCCUCCUGGCUGCCCUCACUGCCCACACCUGGGGCACCUGCUCCCCAAAGAGCUGCUCCUGGACAUGGUGCCGGCACGCCCUGUCCUCUAGGCCUGUGAAGAGUGGAGACGCUCUUAACGUUGAGGACCAAGGAUCAGAAA